UGUUGACUUAAGAGUGUGUGGAGCAGGAGAUAAGCGCUGCCCUGCUGCUGGGGCCGGCACAGCUGUGCACCUUGUGCCCUGCACCGCGCUUCUCGCCCGGGGCUCCUGCUGCGGGGCCGGGAGGGUGGCGAACGUCACGCAACACCGGCACGUGUCACCCCCUCCGCUGUGGGCAGGGACGGCGGCCACGUCCCAGGGGAGCGCAGGAGGAGCACACCCCAUGGCCAGCCCCACGGAGCGGUGAGCGGAGCAACUCCUGCCUGAACGGGACCGAAGGGAGAAGGGCCAAGAGACUGCCGAGCAGCGAGGGAAGGCACCGCUGCAGGCACGCUCGAGGAAAGCGAUGAAGGCCAACGUGCACCAAAGUCCAGUCUGAGUGAGAACAUCAGCAGUUUGCUCGCAGCCAUGAGCUGGCCAACCCCAGCCUCCACAGAGCUGCCCGUGCUGCCGGGGGACACCACAGUGGCCUUUGGGGUGGCAGACAUCGUCGUCGUGGUUUGUUACUUUGCCUUUGUCCUCAUCGUCGGGAUAUGGUCAUCGAUCCGAGCAAGCCGGGGGACCAUUGGAGGCUAUUUCCUGGCUGGACGAUCCAUGACGUGGUGGCCUAUUGGAGCGUCCCUGAUGUCAAGCAACGUGGGCAGUGGCUUAUUCAUCGGGCUGGCCGGCACUGGAGCAGCUGGGGGCCUUGCUGUUGGGGGCUUUGAGUGGAAUGCUACCUGGGCACUUCUGGCUCUUGGCUGGAUCUUCGUGCCUGUUUACAUCGCAGCAGGAGUUGUCACCAUGCCUGAAUACUUGCAGAAGAGAUUUGGAGGGCAGAGGAUACAAAUCUACAUGUCCAUACUGUCCCUUAUUCUCUAUAUAUUCACCAAGAUAUCCACUGACAUCUUUUCCGGAGCACUGUUCAUCCGAAUCUCUUUGGGCUGGAACCUCUACUUGUCCACUGUGGUCUUGCUAGCAGUGACUGCUGUCUACACCAUAGCUGGUGGUUUAACGGCUGUGAUAUACACAGACGCACUCCAGACCCUGAUCAUGGUGCUGGGAGCUUUGGUGCUCAUGUUCAUAGGAUUUGAAAAAGUUGGCUGGUAUGAAGGACUUCAGGAGAAAUACAGCACAGCAAUACCGAAGAUCAUAGUCCCAAACACGACCUGCCACCUCCCGCGUGCGGACGCCUUUCAUCUGUUCAGAGAUCCAGUCACAGGGGACAUUCCUUGGCCUGGCCUUAUAUUUGGGCUCUCUGUGCUGGCUCUUUGGUGCUGGUGCACUGACCAGGUGAUAGUCCAGAGGUCUCUCUCUGCCAAGAACCUCUCCCAUGCCAAAGGUGGAUCAGUGCUGGGAGGGUAUCUGAAAAUCUUCCCCAUGUUUUUCAUCGUCAUGCCAGGAAUGAUCAGCAGAGCUCUUUACCCAGAUGAAGUGGGCUGCGUGGACCCGGACAUCUGUAAAAGGGUCUGUGGAGCGGCGGUGGGUUGUUCCAACAUUGCCUACCCCAAGCUCGUGAUAGAACUCAUGCCCGAUGGGCUGCGGGGUUUGAUGAUUGCUGUGAUGAUGGCAGCCCUGAUGAGUUCCCUCACCUCCAUUUUCAACAGCAGCAGCACCCUCUUUGUUAUAGACAUCUGGCAGCGGAUCCGCAGAAAGGCUUCGGAGCAGGAGCUGAUGAUUGUGGGCAGAGUCUUUAUCCUCAUCCUCGUGGUCAUCAGUAUUCUCUGGAUCCCAAUCAUUCAAUCGGCCAACAGCGGCAAGCUCUUCGACUACAUCCAGUCCAUCACCAGCUAUCUCGCCCCACCCAUCACAGCGCUCUUCAUCUUGGCAAUCUUCUGCCCGAGGAUUAAUGAGCCCGGUGCUUUCUGGGGCCUCGUGGUUGGGCUGGCUGUUGGUCUCGUUCGGAUGAUCAUGGAGUUUAUUUAUAGCACUCCAUCGUGUGGUGAGGAGGACAGACGACCAGCUGUGCUAAAGGACCUGCACUACCUCUACUUCGCCCUCAUCCUCUGUGUCCUCACCGCGAUUGUCAUCGUCCUUAUCAGUCUCUGCACCCCACCGAUCCCCAAAGAGAAGCUCACUUGCCUGACGUGGUGGACGAGACACAGAAGAGCACCUGCCAUUGACCUGAAGAAUUACAAGAGCGAAGCAGCACAGAUCAACGCGGCCAACGGAGAGAGUGACUUGGUGGAAAGCGCAGGUUCAGGCGCUAAGGAGGAGGCAGCAGCCAAGCCUCCCUGCUGGAAAAUGCUCUACUUGUGGUUCUGCGGUCUGUCCACCGGCCCCACGCCCACCCUGUCCCCCGAGGAGAGAGCUGCCCUGCAGCAGAGACUCACCAGCAUCGAGGAGAAGGCCCUGUGGAAGACCGUUUGCGAUGUUAAUGCGAUUCUCCUGCUCACCAUCAACGUCUUUCUAUGGGCUUACUUCGGCUGAGGUGGGUUCAGGCACCACGUGGCUUUGGUUUUUCUCAGAGGUCCUCAUCUUCAUGUCUAAGCUGGAGGCGCUGGAUGACAACAACACUCACGAUGGUCCCCCGAGGUGCCAGCACGCGGUGGCGCAGCCCUUCCCUGGAGGCACUGCUUGCUGGAAAUGACUGCAGGGCUUAGCUUCCCUGUAAGAUAUGGUGUGACCAAGACUCAGCACUGGUCACAUCCAGGGUGCAGGGGACGUGUGGGACAGUAUGUGAGACAGGAGACCUGGGGUCAGUUUUAAAGGUGCAGAGACGAGCCCAGUAAGCAGCAAAGGCUUUGGAAAGUCCAGCUGUGGCGUGGCUAGGUCCUUGCUCCCCUCAUGCAGCAGCUCAGGGCUGACUUUGCACCGCUACUUUUAGGGGAAAGACUUCUUAAGGGCUUCUGGUUUACACUGGUGUGGGGAAGGAGACUUAACCACUACCUACAGUUUCUUUACAUGGCCAAAAUUCAGGUGGUGUUAGUGGGGGCCCCCCCUGGAUUAGCUCAGCAGCGACCAUCCUGGCUCCCACGGCCCAGGACAUGUGUUGGACCCCCACUUACUUGGCAUUGGCAGCAGGGAGAGGGGCUUCCCCGCACUCCCCAAAAUCCCCCCAUCUGCCACAUGACAGUGGGUCUUGCAACAGCCUGAGCUGUUCCCUCUUCAGGCCAAUCCUGUCCCUUAACAGCAUUACCAGCAAUAAAGGUGCCUUAGUAACAAAGCCAA